UGGUGUGUACGCCAUACGCUGGCAUCAUCGAUCCACGAGAUAGCGGCAAUAAUUGGCGAGGAGAAUGCCGAUACUUAUUUGGUGCCCAUUUUCGAGAACUUUGCUAAAGAUGCGGGUAACGUGAAACUUGGCUUGCUCAAUCAUUUAUAUGAUUUUUUCAAGGUAAGCUCAUCGUCGAGUUUGAGGCGCAUUUUUGAGGCUAAAAAUUUUUAUUUAAAAUUAACAAUAUCCUGCAUUCAUUUUGCUUCUAGGCAAUGUAUUCUAUUGUGCGAUCUCUAUGAGAUGAGUGAUGUUAAUCAGUAUUUAGCUGCCAUCGCACUCACUUUGGCAAAUGGUACGUUUUUUGUGAAUUAA